AUGUCAAUUAGUAGCGAUGAAGCCGCCAUCAAACGACAGCGAGUGAGUCGUGCCUGUGAUUUAUGCAGAAAAAAGAAGAUCAAGUGCGAUGGUGCUUCUCCUGUCUGUGGAAAUUGUCAGGCAUUUCAUCUCGAGUGUUCAUACAAAGAUACAACCAAAAAGAGAGGCCCUCCCAAAGGCUAUAUUGAAGCCAUUGAAAAUAGACUGCAUAAGCUAGAAGCCUAUCUCAAUGAUAUCGUCAAGGAGGAGCAGGAUGAUCCCCGUACACUCGAGUUGAUCAGAGAACUACAAUCGCCGCUGGAGACACCUGGAGGCGAAAAGAUCAAAGGACGACCUCAACGUAGACAGCGUCGCAACACCAACAAACAAGCCAAAGCCUCUUCCAAUGAUACAGCCUUAGCAUCACCUCUGUCUCCACUGUUUGAUAGCCCAACAUUGAGCUAUAGCGAAUUGCCCGAUGAACAAAUUACAUCAUCCUCUACUGCUGUCGGAUCUCCUGCAAAUGACAGCACAGGUCAGCUUUCCAUGGAUGAGAAUGGUGGUGUUCGCUAUCUCGGCAAGUCAUCUGGAUUUUACUUGCUCUCCAACAGUCGGACGUAUCAGAAUGGUGCCUUUCACUUCUCGGGAUACGCUCAUCAAUACAAGGUAGAUCAGCUACAGCCCUCUCGCAAAAGACGGUACUCCAAUGUCGAUCCCUUUGAACUGCCACCCAAGGACCUAUCUGAGCAUUUAAUCACAUUGUAUUUCACUCACUUUUAUCCUGUGUUACCCAUGUUCUACAAGCGACGCUUGGUCUGCUCAGCAUCACCUCUGGAACCUGUUUCUCCUCUUCUCUUGAAUGCCAUUUAUGCCAUUGCGUCACGAGUAACCCCUGAUGAACGUGUGAGAUCUGAUCCCAAUGCACCUGACACGGCCGGUGAUAUCUUUUACGAACGAGCCAAAUGUCUGUUAGACGAUUACUAUGACACUCCCAAGAUCUCCACUGUGCAGGCAUUGCUAUUGAUGGCCAGCCAUCAGCAGGGCGCUAUGAAAUCUGCAAGAGCUUGGUUGUACAGCGGCAUGGCUUUCCGAAUGGCUCAAGAUUUAGGCCUUAAUCGCAACUGCGAUCAUUGGAACAUUUCUCCUGAAGAGCGAGAGCGCAGAAAGCGAGUUUUUUGGUGCUGCUACAUUGUCGACCGCGUUACCAGUGCCAUCUAUGGCCGUUCCUCCAACUUUGAAGAGCGGGAUUGCGAUGUGCCCUUUCCAGCUGUGGAUGAUGAUGAGCCCAUUGCCUUCAAAGAACAGCAAGAUCAAUCUAGACCUCCAAUCAAGCUUCUGGAACUGUUUACUCAAAACAUAAAGAUCAGUGAAAUCCUGGGACACGUGCUGAAGAAUAUUUACUAUGUCAAGGCCAAACACCACACGGAUUCUCAGUACAUUGAUCACAUUCUGACCACGCUGCAUCGACAGCUUCUGCAAUGGCACAGCAACCUCCCUUUCGCUCUUCAAUACAAGCUCCCCAAUACGCAGAUUGGUGAAAAGGGCCCUGAUCCUCCAUCUGCCAUCUGUCAAUUGCAUCUGACGUACUAUACAACCAUGAUUCUGCUGCACCGUUCAUUCAUCCCUGGCCCAACGCAAUCGCAUCUGCCCAUCUCGUUGCCUUCGUACAAGAUUUGCGAGUCUGCAGCUACUUCGAUAUUGGACAUUGUCAACAUCAUGCUGGGCGAGAACCACUUGCGCUAUGUGCACAACUUUUCAGUCUUCUUUGUGUUUACAGCUGGUAUCAUCUUUAUCAAAAUGGCAUCUUCGGUAGACCUCAAUCGUGCUUUUGACGCCAAAAUCAACAUCAAUCGCAUCAUGCGUGCACUCGAUGAUCUGGAGGUGACUUGGAUGAACGCUGCUCGUUGCUGCAACAUCUUGGGCGAGCUGGCUGGUCUGCGUGAUAUCAAGCUCGAGUGCGAUAAAUACGUGCCCAAAUUGGACAACGACAAACCAAGCCCACCACCAUGUAUCGCUGUACCCAAUUCGCCUGAACUCAACCACGCCGACAGCAUGCCAGCCAUGCAAUCCACCAUGGCAACCGACUAUAGCGAAUGGAACACAUCCAAUUCAUCAGGCAAUUCUACACCUGCUCCUCAGAAAGACCUCAAUUCGAGUUUCUCAUUAUAUUUGCCAACGCCUACUUCUUCUAUACCCAUCUCAUCUGUUCGUCAAUCCAGCCAUCAUAACAGAUCAUCCUCAUUAGACUCCAAGCUUUUCCAAAAGAACCAAGCCAGUAGCAACCAGCGAUCCUCCUCCACCUCUGUACUCAACAUCACACCUACUGUGGAUCCCUUUGCUGCUCCUGGCAUCAUCCCUAACCCAUCUCAACAACAAGAAUUCGAUCCUUUAGGCACUGCUUUCUGGGGCAUGCCAACUUCACUGAAUACAGACGAAUGGGACUCGUACUUUGGUAAUCUACAACAGCAACAACCACAGCCAUCUCCUCAAGAACAGCAACUGAAUGACUUGCUCAUGUCUACCUCCAAUUCUCUACAACAAGCUUCCAACUAUAUCUAUGAACAACAACAGCAGCAACAGCAGCAUAGACACUCCAAUUCUACUACCUCUCUCGAUUUGCCAAUGUCACCGUCUCAAAGCGUCUUGCUUGGCUUCUUGGAUGAUCCUGAUCAAAGAAACAAUCAAGAGCAAACAUUUGUAUCUUCCCCUAAAACGAUAGACUAUAAUAGCAACAACAACAGCAACAACAACAACAACAACAACAACAACAACAACAACAACAACAACAACAACAACAACAACAACAACACUGAUAUUCUGCAAUGGUAA